AUGGAUAGGCUAUUAACUCUAGAGCCAUCUAAUGUGGUUACAAUACGACUUGAACCAGGUCAGAAGUGUUCAGGUGAGUUAACCCUACGUAACGUCAUGUACACCAUGCCAGUUGCGUUUCGUCUGCAGCCAGUAAACAAGACACGUUACACGAUCCGUCCUCAAUCGGGGAUCAUCUCUCCUCUAACAACAAUCACUUUGGAGAUAAUUUACCAUCUCCCUCCAAACACAACUCUACCAAACACUUUCCCUCAUUCUGAUGACUCAUUCCUCUUGCAUAGUGUUGUGGCCCCAGGAGCAGCUAUUAACAAUAAGGCCACUUCUCCCACUUUAUUAGAUAUGGUCCCAAUUGAUUGGUUCACUACAAAGAAAAAACAAGUUUUCAUAGAUAGUGCUAUAAAAGUAAUGUUUAUUGGUUCACCUGUUUUGUGCUAUCUUGUUAAAAAAGGCUAUAUGGAUGAAAUUAGAGAGGUUUUAGAAAAAAGUGACUAUAAUUGCAAACCUGCUGACUCAGUUGACUUUGAAGGUCAAACAUUACUACAUUUGGCUAUUUCACAAAGUAGGGCUGAUUUAGUCCAAUUGUUACUUGAAUUUGGGCCUAACAUUGAGGCCCAUAGUAGAUCAUGUUCAAGCCCAUUAGAAGCAGCAGCAGCAUUAGGAGAGUCUUUAAUUGUUGAGCUUUUAUUAGCAAAAAAGGCUAAAACUGAAAGAACAGAGUACUCUGCUUCAGGCCCAAUACAUCUUGCUGCUGGAAAUGGCCAUUUGGAAGUUCUAAAACUACUCUUACUCAAUGGAGCUAAUGUGAAUGCAUUAACGAAAGACGGUAACACGGCCUUGCAUAUCGCGGUGGAGGAAGGUAGACGAGAUUGUGUUCGUGUUUUAUUGGCUAAUGGCGCGAGAGCUGAUGCGCGAAACGAGGGGAAUUGUGAUACACCUUUGCAUAUUGCUGCUGGAUUAGGUGAUGAACAUAUGGUACGUGUUUUAAUUCAAAAAGGUGCUGAGAAAAAUGUACGUAACAAAUAUGGGAAAACUGCUUAUGAUGUUGCUGCAGAACAUGGACAUAACAAGCUUUUCGAUGCUCUACGUUUAGGUGACAACCUAUGUGUAGCGGCUCGAAAAGGAGAGGUAAGAACCAUCCAAUGUCUCCUCGAAAACGGAGCCAGCAUCAACGGACGUGACCAACAUGGUUGGACCGCGUUGCACCGGGCUAGUUUCAAAGGACGAAUAGAAGUUGUAAAAGCAUUAAUAGAAAAUGGAAUUGAUAUAAAUGCAAAAGAUGAAGAUGGAUAUAGUGCAUUACAUUGUGCUGUUGAAUCUGGACAUGUUGAUGUAGCUGAAUUACUAGUUAAAAAAGGUGCAGACAUUGAUUCAAGGACUAAUAAAGGUGUUACUCCGUUACGUAUCGCGGAAUCGUUGAAAUAUUCCGGAUUGACUAGGGUAAUCAUGCAAGGUAACGGAGCGAAAGAACAAGUAGGGGCAAAAUUGGAAAUGAAUUUUGCGAAAUCGUAUGGAAAAAUGGCUAAAGAUGUCGAAAUUAUUGGGAGUGUGAAGAAAAGAAGUCAUGUUAAUAAAUCGUCAAGAGUUCGGAGGAGUAGCAUUGAUAGAACUGUUCCAUUAGCAUGUUGA